UGCAAUGGGUAAAAACCGCAAAACAGGAAAGUGGUGUACGUACGUUCAAUGGGAUUUUAAACGACCUUCCUUCACAGAUGAAUGCUUAUCAUCCCCAUUAACUUCCCAAUAUAAAUAUACAUAUAAUUGAGUUUACAAAGGUUCCAAAUUCCAAAAAAAUUCAAAACACACAUUAUUUCUCUAACUUAGUCUUGUCUGUCUUCUUCUUGUUGUUUCUUUUACUUCAGAUUUUUUCCCUUUUGAUUGCCCAUUUUUCUCUGUUAGUCCUUCCAGUUACCAAAAAAAAAAAAAAAAAAAAACGUUGAAGAUUUAUUCUGAGAUGUUGAAGAUUUAAGGUUGUCGUAGGGAAAUUCUUCUACAAGUGAUCAAGUCCUAGCUAGCUGGUACUGAAGGAAUUAAGGUUCUCAUCAUCACUACUACAAGCUAAUGAUGAAGAAGACUAGUGCAAGAAAGGAGAGGGUUGGUGCCGGUGGAAGCUUAGUAGAUUUGGUUUUCUCAUGGUCGAUUCAGGAUGUUCUAAAUAAAGAUAUCUAUAAAGGCCAGGUGGAGAAGAUUCCAAUGACAUUCUCAUGCAAAACAGAAUACUUGAACUCUUUUAUUCCCCCAUUUUUGGAGGAAUUACAUACUUACCUGAUGUCAAACAUGACAGUACUGGAUCAAGCACCUUUAUGUGAAAUUAAGUCUGUGGAAAAAGAUAAAGAUUAUAAACUUCCUAAAGAUUUGUUGUACGAUGUAACGUUGGAAAAAGGAAAAUAUGAGCCCGAAUUUGGCGACUUGUUUGCAAUAACUGAUGUAAGACCAAAGUAUGCUGGAGACUUGGAUCGGCCUCAAAGACCCUAUCUCAUCGCUCAUGUUCAAGGAAUUUAUACUGAUGAAGCUGGAAUUCCUGUUGCAUACUCAAUAUUAUCUUCAAAGCCUGUCCUUGACGAAUACAGCCUUGACGUUGAAAUGAACACAGAGAACAGAACCAGAAUUACUCUUUUUGCUGUUAAAUUGAUAAACUUAAAAACAAAUGUUCGUAUAUGGAAUGCAUUGAACAGAGUUCAGGACGAGCAGAGUGUGGACAUUCUUCAGAAAGUUUUGCAGCCAGAAACUAUGGAUGCGGAAAAUUGUAUAGUCUGUCAUUUCACAAAAAGCAACAAUUCUUACCUGGAUGUAAGGACCAGAAUCAGCUCUUCUGAUUUGAAUGAAUUCCAAAAAGCUGUAGUCUUAAGAUGUAUUGGAACAAGGGAAUGUGAUCAUCAAAAUUCCUUCAAACUGAUAUGGGGUCCUCCAGGGACAGGAAAAACGAAGACGCUUGGUUUCCUUCUACAUUCCCUCCUUACUAUGAAAUGCAGAACACUCACAUGUGCCCCAACAAACAUUGCAGUGUUGGAAGUGACCAGACGGCUCAUGAACAAUGUCACAGAAUCACUUGAAGAUCAUACAUAUGGGCUUGGAGAUAUAGUUUUGCUUGGUAACAAGAAACGUAUGAACAUUGAUGAUCAUGAUGAGCUUUUUGAUAUAUUUCUUGACAACCGUGCUGACAUACUUGACAAGUGUUUUAACCCGUUAUCAGGGUGGACCUCUAGUUUAAAUUCCAUGAUUUGUUUGCUUAAGGACCCUGAAGAGCAGUAUCAAUUAUACUUGAAGCAGAGAGAAGAGGAAGAUGAUGAGGAGGAUGAUGCCAAUUUUGCUGACGAGGAGGAAAACUUUAAGACGGAAAAUGGGAAGAACAUCAACAAUAAUCAAGAGGAGGACGUUGGUGAUGAAUUAUCUAAAGUCAAGCAAAGAAAGAAAGUGUGGAACAAGGUUAUUGUUCAAAUUUUAAAAGAAAACAAGAGCAAGAAAAAGCCCAAGAAUAUUUUGUCUAUGCAGAAACAAAACCAAUCAAACCAUAAUGACAAAGAAUGUGAUCCUCCAUUGUCAUUUGAGGAGUUUGUAAAGAGUAGGUAUGAUUGCAUUGGCGAACGGCUAUGCCUUUGGAUUGAAUCUUUGUAUACACACCUGCCAACUUCUUUUAUUUCACUUGAAGUGGCAAGGAAAAUGAUCAAGGCUCGUGAAUCUCUUAGAUCUUUUGUGGCUUUGUUGCAGAAUGUUAGAAGUGGCGUACUAAAGGAGGUCUUCAACGAAGAUGUUAUGUUCAAUAUUUCAAGUACUGAUUGCCUUGAUCUAGUUAUGUUCAAUACUUCAAGAAUUAAUUGCCUUGCUCUAUUACUUUCACUUCCUCAGAGCUUUAAUAUUCCAUUUUUCGAGAAAAAAUGGGAGGUAAAACGUUUCUGUUUGGAAAAUACACUCCUAAUUUUCUGUACAGUUUCAAGUUCUUCCAAGUUGUACGCGACAGCUCCAUUUGAACUGUUGGUUAUAGAUGAAGCUGCUCAGCUUAAAGAAUGUGAAUCUGCCAUUCCUUUACAACUUCCUGGCAUACGCCAUGCAAUACUUAUUGGUGAUGAGCGGCAACUGCCUGCAAUGGUUGAAAGCAAGAUUUCUGAAAGAGUGGAGCUUGGAAGAAGUUUGUUCGAGAGGUUUGCUUUGCAAGGCUACAAGAAGCAUCUUCUUAGCGUUCAACAUAGGAUGCAUCCAUCCAUAAGUUUAUUUCCAAAUCGUGAGUUCUAUGGAGGCCAGAUUUUGGAUGGUCAGAAUGUUCAAGAAAGAAGCUAUAGCAGACGUUUCCUUCAGGAUAAAAUGUACGGCUGCUACUCUUUUAUAAAUGUAGCACAAGGAAAAGAGGAUUUUGAUGAAAGGCAUAGCAGAAGAAACAUGGUUGAGGUUGCUGUGGUCUCUGAGAUAGUUGAGUGCCUUUAUAAAGGAUUUGUGCAAACAAAGAAUAAGGUCAGAGUAGGUGUGAUAUCACCAUACAAGGCUCAAGUUUUUGCUAUUAAAAAGAAAAUGGACAAAUAUUGUAAAGAUCUUCAUCGUGGCUUUUCAGUAAGUGUUCGAACUGUUGAUGGUUUCCAAGGUGGUGAGGAGGAUGUGAUAAUCAUCUCAACUGUAAGGUGUAAUGGUAUUGGAUCGGUGGGAUUUCUUUCCAAUCGGCAAAGAGCAAACGUGGCGCUAACUCGUGCAAGGUAUUGCCUUUGGAUAUUGGGGAAUGAAGGAACUCUAGUGAAUAGUAAUUCUAUUUGGAAGAAAGUGGUCAAUGAUGCCAAGGAUCGUGGUUGUUUCCACAAUGCUCAUGAGAAAAAGAAUUUGGCUCAUGCUAUUACAGAUUCACUGAUUGACCUUAACCAACUCAAUGUUUUAACUAAUAUGAAUUCUCUACUGUUUAAAGAGGCAAGAUGGAAGGUAUGCUUCAAUGAUGCCUUCUGGAAAUCCAUGGCACACUACUAGAAUCGCGUUGAUAACUGACGCAAUAAAUGCGUCGCACAAAAUAAAUAACGACGUAUCGCACGGUGUCGCCUAAUGUCUUGUCGCUA